UUUGUUUAAUUUUAUUUUUGUACUAUAAUAUAUGGUAACUUUAAAUUUUUGUUUUGCCGCGUAUUUUACACGUGUAUAAUGCGUAAGUCGUAAAAAUGAGAUGUUGCAUCAAAUAUGGCUGCUAUAAGAAAUAGUCUGUUGGCAUUUUCAAAUGUUUUUUCAAAAAGUACAACUGCUGUAACAAGUAAUGUAGGUAUAAAGUUCCAGCAAAUACGUAAUAUUUGGAUUGGACGAUGGAUGACUCGUGAUGUUAAACGAAGACGAUUAGCAAGAGAUUAUGCACCAGAACGAUUGCGAUUAGUAGCUUUAAAAAGAAAUAAUAUUUUACCAGCAGAAAUACAGACUCUUGCCACCAAACAAAUAGAUGAGACUAUUCCCCGUCAAACUGCAUUAAGACAAUUAACACCACGUUGUGCAGUAACUUCUCGUGGUCGUGGUACUGUUAUUAAAUGGAGAAUAUCGAGAAUUGUAUUCCGUCAUUUAGCUGAUUAUAAUAAGUUAUCUGGUGUACAACGUGCAUUAUGGUAAAAGUGUUACCUUAAUAAUGUUUCAAAACAAUUUGAAAUUCUAGAUGUAAAAAAGAUAUUAAAUAAAUAAUUAACACUAA